GGGGAAAAGAGCCAGAGAGCACAUCUUCUACAGGAGAAAUUAUUCCACCGGACCCUGCAAACACACAGUGGAUUCAUCAGGCUUUCUUCUCAUCUGUCCAUCCUCCAUCCACCCUGACCUGCUGUGUUGGGGAAACCCCUGAUGAGUGGGACCUGUAUCCAUGAGCCCCGUGCCCCUUCCCCCUCCCUGUCAGGCUUCAGUACCCCCAUCUCAGAACCUCCCUAUCGAAGACUCGAUGGAGACACCCCUGCCUGCACCCCUGAAACUGACCUGACCCCCACACAGUGUGUCCUUCGUAACGUAUUGUCCAUCGACACCGGCGGACAGGGAGUGCCCGGCGGAAGCAGCCCCACUCCCAGUGAUGGACCCUCAGCCCACUUUGACAACAGCGUGCUAAAACUACAUGAACAUGAGGCCUGCCAGUGUGGCGGCGGGGCCGAGGCGGGCCACAGUCCGGAGGCUGGCGCUGUUCGGAGCCAGUCGGAGAACAUUCGCCUACAAUCAGGAAGUGGAGGUUUUUUGGAGGGACUGUUUGGCUGCCUGAAACCAGUCUGGACCAUGAUUGGAAAGGCCUACUCCACUGAACACAAACAUAAUCACGAAGAGUCCUGGGAGGUUCCAUUUGAGGAAAUCUCUGACCUGCAGUGGGUGGGCAGUGGUGCACAGGGGGCCGUCUUCCUUGGCAAGUUCCACGGAGAAGAGGUGGCUGUGAAGAAAGUGCGGGACAUCAAAGAGACUGAGAUCAAACAUCUCCGCAAACUCAAGCAUCCCAACAUUAUUACUUUCAAGGGUGUAUGCACCCAGGCUCCCUGUUACUGUAUCUUGAUGGAAUAUUGUGCUCAAGGGCAGCUGUAUGAGGUGCUGAGGGCAGGCCGUAAAAUCACACCUUCCCUCCUGGUUGACUGGUCCAUGGGCAUUGCAGGUGGCAUGAACUACCUACACCUCCACAAAAUCAUCCACAGAGACCUCAAGUCCCCCAACAUGCUGAUCACACAUGAUGACUUGGUGAAGAUCUCUGACUUUGGGACUUCAAAGGAGCUCAGUGACAAGAGCACCAAGAUGUCGUUUGCCGGCACUGUAGCCUGGAUGGCUCCUGAAGUUAUUCGGAAUGAGCCGGUGUCAGAAAAGGUGGACAUCUGGUCCUUUGGAGUGGUGCUCUGGGAAAUGCUUACAGGAGAGAUCCCUUAUAAAGAUGUCGACUCAUCUGCAAUCAUCUGGGGUGUGGGAAACAACAGCCUUCAGCUGCCCAUACCGGAGAGCUGUCCAGAUGGCUUCAAGAUCCUCCUCAGACAGUGCUGGAACUGUAAGCCCAGAAAUAGACCUUCUUUCCGCCAGAUCCUUCUUCAUCUGGAUAUAGCGUCAGCUGAUGUACUGUCGACUCCUCAAGAAACAUACUUCAAGUCUCAGGCUGAAUGGAGGGAAGAGGUGAAGCAGCACUUUGAGAAGAUUAAAUCUGAUGGCACUUGUCUCCACCGACUCGAUGAGGAGCUGAUCAACCGACGCCGAGAGGAGCUCAGGCAUGCUCUGGACAUUCGUGAGCAUUAUGAGAGAAAACUGGAGAGGGCUAACAACCUUUACAUGGAGCUCAGUGCUGUCAUGCUGCAGCUGGAGCUGAAAGAGAAAGAGUUGCAGAGGAGAGAACAGUCUUUGGAUAAGAAGUAUCCAGGCUUGUUCAAGCACCAUAGUUCCAGACAGAGCAGCUCCUCAAAUUCCAUGGACAAACUCAUCAAGAAGAGAAACGUCCCACAAAAACUUCCCUCGGGAAAGAGGCCAGACAUUCUUAAGUCUGAGGUAAUCAUUCCCAAAAUGGACUCCUCCGUAAUGCAAGUCACUAUCCCAGCCUGCCCUAACAGGAGCUCCACUUCUCCCAGCCGGUCUCGGAGGGUAAAGACCCGCCAUCGUAAGCCCGGUAAGGGCAGCAGUGGGGACCUGGCUGGACUUAAAGCCAAUCAAUCCUCCCCUAACCGGGACACAACUGCCCAAGUUAACAGUUCUACCACUAACACCUCGAAGCAGCUCCUGGAGCCUUCCGCAGCCCUGCGGGGCCUCAGUCACGAGCAGCAGCAGAGGCAGCUAUCCUCCUCCAGCCCUGACCUCAUCUGCACCACGCUAGAGGCAGACAGCCAAGGAAAAGGGGAGCCCUCUGUGGGUGGGCUGGAGAGAGGAGGGAGCCUUAGUGCCUCUGCCGGUUUAGGGGGGUCAGAGGGAGGGGCGGCCGGUCUGGACGAUCUCACAGAAACCCCCCCACGCAGUGACACGCCCAGCGAGGAUGCCGCAUCGUUCCCGUUCUCCAGCAGCCCGGACUCACCGUGUGGGAGGGGGGCGGCAGCAGGACGGGGCUCUCUGGGAUCUCCACGCCUUCCUCACGACGGGGAAGAUAAAGAGGAGGGAGCAGGUGUUGUGAGGCUGCCCCGGGGAGCAUCAGGUGGAAUCGGGAGUCAGCACCUCACACCUUCAGCCAUUCUGUACAGGGCAGCUAUCACACGCAAACAGAGGCGUGGAGUGUCAUCAGAAGAGGAGGAGGGUGAAGUUGACAGUGAGGUUGAGUUACCACGGAGACGACGCCCGACCAGCAUUACCAAGUGCCAGUCGGUGUCUACAUUCAGUUCAGAAAAUCUGUCUGUAUCGGACGGUGAAGAGGGCCACACAACUGACCACUCUCACAGCGGUACUCCCGAUGUUGUCAGCACUAACACCGACGACAGGUUGGAUGACCGCAGCGACGACCUCCUCUCUCAGGGGUCGGAAAUCCCUGUGGACAACACCGACCCUGCCCAGGCUUCUGAUGGCCUGUCGGAGAGAGACGGAGCUCUGGGCCAGGCCAAGGCUCAGCUGGAUGCCGGGCAGAAUCCUAAUGAGAGUCGAGCCUUGUGCGAUGAUUCUGACUGCGACAGUGCUGAGCUGGAUCAGUCGGGUAGUGGCGAGCUCAGCCGUCCUCCCAGUGCCGGAGCGUGGGCGCCGCCAUCUCAACCUUAUCAGGGGUCUCCACAGGCUCCCCAUACAGGACCUCCAUAGAUCACUGGACACUAGGAAAGAUCCAGCUACUCUACAGGAGCCCCCACCCAACUCAAACCCAGGACAUUUGGUUCCAGUGCAUCUUUGACUUGUAAGAGAAAGCAAUUUGAUUUGUUGCUUGAUGUGUAAAUGCAGCAGAAAACCGAAAAGCAGCAGCUCUCAUCCACGAAACCUAAAUAGAGACUGAUUUGUGAAAUCGGUGGAGUACCAUGCAGUAAUGAACCAAAAGGCCUCCGGUUGUUCAGGAUGUUGGCAGGCUUCAUAAAAACCUCAUCUGUUCCUUUUACCCUUUAAGAUUACUGCAGAAGUACCCAGAUAAAGAAUAGAGCACUUCUCUGUGAUGGUUACUAGUAGAACAGUAAGUAUCCUUUGGGUUUGAAUAGAAAUGUUUUGUUUUUAUACAGCAUUGCACAUUGUACUUGUAACAUAGGAAUUAUAUCAAAAGCAAAAUAUUAUG